AUGUCGUCUCUGUUUUUAACUUUGUCGGAGACUGAAACAAAGGUACUGUCAAAAGGUCUUAAUUUUUGUCCCACGCCGGGCAAAAUAGAUUCUAUACUUUUGGAAGAUGACCUAGACAAGUUAGCAAGAUCCCUCAGAAUUAAGGAAUAUUUUUCUAAAGACACCACAAAAAGUUCCACUGAUAGUGACACAAGUGAUCUCGACUCAGAUGACGACCAAGAAGAUGUCGAUAUUCCCAGAUUCAGGAUAAAAAGUUCAUGGAUUCCUAAACCCAGUAAAUGUGCUACUUUAGAACAUAUUAUUGACAAAAUUAAAUCCGACGUAACAAAUCUGUCCACUGCUACUUCCCAAACAUUCAAAAAUUUAUCUUCUGAAGAAAACGAAGCUGUGCGGUUACUUAAAAACAGAGACGACAUUAUAAUUAAACCAGCAGAUAAAGGUAGCGCUGUUGUCGUCAUGGACAGAUGUGACUACAUUCAAGAGGCGGAACGUCAACUCUCUGAUGAGAGAUUCUAUAAGAAAUUAGACUCUGACCCCACCCCUCAAUUUAACACAGAGAUCACCACAAACCUGAAAAACAUGUGUGAACAGGGACACAUUGAUGAAACCACAUUUAAAUAUCUAAAACCGGAAAAAUCAAAGCCGGGGCGUUUCUAUCUACUGCCCAAAAUACAUAAAGUCAAUAAUCCAGGUAGACCAAUUGUUUCCGCCAAUGACCACCCUACAGAAAAAAUAUCAGAAUUUAUUGACUUUCAUCUCCGAACACACGUAGAAAAUUUACCAUCAUAUAUUCAAGACACAACACAUUAUCUUAAAAAAAUGGAAUCUUUGAACCCUCUCCCACCUGAAACGAUCCUUGUCUCGCUUGAUGUUACCUCCCUCUAUACUAAUAUCCCCCAUGACGAUGGUAUAGAAGCCUGUAGGGAAGUCUGGAACUCUCGUAACACCUUACAUCCACCAACUGAAUGUCUCAUCCAGCUUCUUACUUUGGUAUUAAAAUGCAAUAACUUCACAUUCAAUGGUGAGCACUUUCUCCAAGUUAAUGGAACAGCAAUGGGAACAAAGAUGGCCCCGUCUUAUGCCAAUAUUUUUAUGGGGAAAUUAGAACAGAGAAUUCUCAAUUCUUUUCUUUAUCAACCCCUCUCUUGGUUCCGAUUUAUUGACGAUAUUGACAUGAAGUGGGAUAAUACUAAACAAGAACUAGAUUUGUUUAUUCAACAUGCCAACGAUGCCCAUCCCUCAAUAAAAUUCACAUAUGAAAUCUCUGACUCUAAGAUCACAUUUCUUGACACUACAACGCAAUUGAGGGAUGGAAACAUAUUUACAGAUCUGUAUUGCAAGCCCACAGACAAACAUCAAUAUCUGUCUCCUUCAAGUUGUCACCCUAAACAUUGCACCAAGAGCAUUCCCUACAGCCAGGCCAUACGAAUAAAAAGGAUUUGCUCCACCAACGAUGUUGCCAAAAAACGACUACAAGAACUUCGCGGUCACCUAAAACAUCGGGGCUACAAAAGGAAAGACAUUGAUAAAGGGUUUUCUCGUGCUAGCAACAUCAGCCGAGAUGAACUUUUACAAUAUAAAGUCAAAAAGGUCAACAGGAGGGUGCCUUUUGUGUUGAAUUACCAUCCAAAAUUUGACAACUUGUCUCACCUUAUCCGCGAAAGUUGGAAAGAUAUCGAAAAACAUCCUAAACUAUCCAAGAUCUUUCCCGAGCGACCUGUACUGGCUUUCCGCAGGCCCAAAAGCCUUAAAGACUUGCUGGUGAGAGCUGAGUUAUGCUCUCAAGCAGGCUCUUCGUCAGUGGGCUCUUGCAAGGGUUGUGGAAACAAACGAUGUCUGACUUGCAAACAAAUACUGGAUACCCAGACUUUUAACAGUCACUCCACUGGUACAGAAUACACCAUAUUUUGCAAUGUUAAUUGCAAGACUACAAAUGUUGUGUAUCUCCUACAGUGUAAAUGUGGUAAACAGUAUGUUGGCGAGUCAGAACAGCCGUUUCACAAACGAAUGAACGGUCAUCGUAGCGACUACCAAUGCAAGCCAGACCUCCCUCUUAGUCGUCAUUUGAGAUCCCCUGGCCACACUAAGGCAGAUCUCAAUCGACUGACCAUUACUAUUAUUGACCACAACUCUGCUUGCGCUUUUCUAGAUUUACCUUCAUCGACAACAAAGGAUGUUUAA